UCGACUGCGAAUCUCGUCCAACAGCUUUCGUGCUUACGUUCCUACUUUUACCGUUAUACAUUCAUUUCGUUUCGUGAUCGGUUGUGUGUCGCUCGCGAACCCUAGCCUCUCAUUUCUGAGUGAUUAGCAUUCCAAUUUGAAAAUUCAUAAUUGGAACGAGGAUUUACCCUAAUAAGCUUUGUAAUUACGUUGCCAGUUUGUGAUAGCGCCGCGCGCCGUGAACCCGUUUCGUAAACAAGUUACGUCAAUACAUUGCCACCUAGGCACCAUGCGGUCGUCACUACCAUAUGCCAUCUGAUAUCUUACCGGUAUACACUAGAAUCACCAUAUAAUCCUCCAUUGAACAAUUAAAUGUAUAUUUUAUAGUGUUACCCAAUUCCCUUCUGUGAAUACAGUGACAAUUCCAAUAUUUGGAGUGACUAAAUGUUUUAAAUAACAUAGAUGCAACUUGAAAGUGUAUAAAAUGGAUAAAAGAGUGGAUCUUUUGUCUUUACUUGAGUCUGAUACAUGGCCGGGAUCAGACGACUUUUUGGAGAACAUCUUCUCCUUGGAACAGGGGUCGUUGAACUUCCUCGAAGAGUCUAUGCCAGACUUUAGCUUGUGUCCUGAGAAUGUAUCUGAUAACCUGUCGGACAAUGUGUCACAGUCUCAGCCUUCAGAAGCACUGAGCAGCUCAUGUUCAGACAGUGGACUGUCCAGUGAUCAGGCAGAAUUCGAUUUCGAGCAACAAUUGUCGCCGUUUCUCAUUCAAAACUCGUGUGAUGAAGACAUCAGCACCACAGCGGGCCUGGAGCCCACUAGUCCGGGCAACGCUCAAGAUGUGGUCAUCCAAGACACAUGUGAUACCUCAAACAGUUCUAGCGAGGUCGUCGAAGAGUCAUUCGACAUGUUGGACUUCGAACAGAAUGUCGUACCUGGAUUCAUUAACAGCAAUAGUAAUAAUAAUAAUACAUUCCAAAACCCUGGUAAAACGGAAAGAAAGCGUCGGCUCUCACAACCACAAGUGGUUGUACAACCGAAAGUACAGAGACCUUCGAUUAAGGUGUCUGCCUCACCAGCGAAGCCCCAGCUGGUCGUGAAGGCACAACCCCAGAAGCCUCUGAAGGUUGCCAACAUUCAGGUCCUAAAUCAGCAAACGAAGGUGUACUCUAAACCUGUGGAAACGGUCGCCCCGCAACGCAGAGUCAUACGUGUGGCUCCAAUGGCGGGUAACCCUAGAUCCAUCCUCCUUCCCGUCACAAUUAAAGACAUGAAAGACCUAAAAUCCAUUAAAAUAAUCAACGCUGCAGAUCUAAAGAACGCCUCGAAUUUAAAGCUGGCGGCUGCCAACUUAUUAUCGCAAAGCAAGCUGCAAGAUGUCAAAGUGGAGUCUCGCAGUGAAUACCAGUACAGGCACAACAGCAGCCAUUGUGAUGACUCUGGAAGCGAACGCAGUGAUGAUGAUGAACCAGAACAGACCCAAAUCAACGACGGCAGGAACGGUUAUCCCCGUCUCGUUUUAACAGCUGAAGAGAGACGUUUGUUAGCAAAGGAAGGCAUCACCUUGCCAAGCAGCUACCCGUUGACGAAACACGAAGAAAGGGAACUGAAAAGGAUCCGACGCAAGAUCAGAAAUAAGAUUUCCGCCCAGGACUCGAGGAAACGCAAGAAGGAGUAUGUUGACGGGCUUGAGGAUAGGGUCAAACAGUGCACAGCGGAAAACCAGACGCUAAUAAGGAGGAUAAAAAUACUGCAAUCGCAGAAUCAGUCGCUGACGGCGCAACUCAAGCGGUUACAGAAUGUGUUAACGGGCGUGACUGGAAAUUCAAGCGGCAAGUCCGCGCAGCCGGCGACGUGUCUGCUGGUGUUACUGCUGUCGGUGGCCCUGGUGGCAUUGCCGUCUAUGCGAGAUGAGAUCCGUCCCAGAAGCACGGAGCAGGUGGCCACGUCGCCUGCCAUCACACGGGCACUGCUCUCGGCUACCAACAAAUUAACGCUCGAUGAGACGGUCAUCGACGACGGUGAAUUCAACAUGGAGGAACUAAUCACGUUCAACCGGCCACACUCGGAUCACGAUUACCAAGUUGUCAAGAAUUUGGAUACCCUUAAGGUACUACCGGCAGGGUACGUCGAUCUGCCCAUUGAUGAGGACUGGCCACCGAACUUAAAGAAACGCAUGAAAAAGCUCGAAUUUGACUAUGAUAAUGGAAAAGAUUACUUGCCACCGAUUGUUAGAGAGGAGAACUACGAGAACCUAUACAAAACAAAUUCAAAGAUGCAUACCGACGACGACAACAUUUAUAACAUUGAAGACAAUGGAUUUCUGACGAACACCUUCAUCUCGACAGGAAGGAAACUUGGGGAGCUUCUAGACGUAUUCCCUCCGAUUCCUGUCAAAAGCGAGGACAUUGUCGUCGAGGAGAUCUCAGAUUACGACACCAGAAAUAUAACUGAAGUCAAGAGCUUUGUCGUCAACAACACGUCGAAUGAGUUUUAAAUCACCGCUACACAAAGAUUCUAUAUAUUUAUAUCUUUAUUUUAUUAUUAUUUUUUUACCAUAUAGAUGACUAUUUUAUUAUUAUUUGAUGACAAUUUUUAUAUUAUUACGAAAUUAUUCCAGCAUUUUAAUUUGUAUAAAAUGUUGAUGGUAUAAUUGUCAGUACAUAGAAAAGUGUACUAUUGGCACCCUUUUUUUCUAUGCAAUAUGUAAGAUUUUAUAAUUAUGUACUUUUGUGUUAUGUUAGUGAGAUAGAUGAUGAAUGCUUUAUAUACGUAUUUAAGUCAGACUUAUUUCAAGGAGAGUUAUGAAUAUUAAAUAAAUUGUCGGAAGUUGUACGCAUGUUGUUAAGUAUUUAUUUGAGACAUCAAAAUUAAUAUAAUAAAUCAGAGAUAUGUUUAUUUUGCAAAUGCUUUGUUAUGAUAGUUUAGGUUAAGAUCGUUUUAAGUUUCGCAUUACUAUUUUCGGUGCAAUUAUUGUGUAAGUGCUGAUAUAUUCACUGUUAAGUUAAUUAAGUAAUAUGAUUAAAGAUUUCAAAUUAGUUCCACGUCCUUAAAAAUUACUUAGGAUUUCCAGUUGUCGUAGGAAUGGAACAAUUGAAUUCUGAUACAGACGUUAGUACCAAUACACUCUGAAAGUAAA